AUGACUAGUCCAGCAAGUUACUCAAAAAGCGAGAAUAUAUUUCCAAAUCGCCCUCACUGGGACGAGAACGGUGUAUUCGUCCAAGCUCGGAACAAAUCAGCAAUAUGCUGGUGUCCAAAGGAUCUGCCUCCGGAUCCUAGUCUCUGCGCUCAGUGUCAAGAUCUACGUCUUCGACACUUGAUACUGUGCGAAGCCCAAGGUCGAAUGAUUGAUCUUGGGAAGCUCGAUGUCAUGAUUAGACGUCCAGAAUGUGACCUCUGUUCGAUGUUUGUUCUGGGUUGCAAGCAAACGUGGCGAGACACGGAUUGGGACGAUGAAGGAACCGGAACCGGAACGACAGUCUACUUGAAUGCUUUGGAAAUCUCAAGACAGCGUACUCAAGGAUAUAGACUGCAUCUCUCGGAAAUGCACACGGGGAAGCCGUUCCAGUGGGUGGAAUUUGAUGUGGUGUUCAAGGGCCAUGGUGCUGAAAUCAAGGCGGUCGAGAAGUCUUUUGAAGCAAGUCCAACAGUUGAUCGUGAUUUUCUCAGAACUAGCUUGAAAGAGUGUGAAGGUAAGCAUGAGACAUGUAGGGAACCUCAGCUGUCGACACCAAAGGAUAUGUGUAUUAUUGACUUGGAGAACAUGAGUAUCGUGCCUGCUCCGGAAAGUUGCAGAUACUGUGCUUUGAGCUAUGUUUGGGGCAAGGUGACCGAGAACUGGUUAACACUGACCCGAGAAAACAACAUCUCGCUUAGCAAAAAGAAUGCACUAGCUGGGGCACCUCUUGCUCAAACAGUCAAGGAUGCAAUGCAACUGUGCGUUGAGUUAGGGGAACGGUAUUUGUGGGUGGAUAGUCUUUGCAUAGUGCAAAACGAUCCAACAUUCCAGAAGCAGCAGAUCGACAUCAUGGACACCAUAUAUGCUUCUGCUACAUUCACCGUUGUAGCUGCUGCUGGCAAUCACGCUAAUGCUGGUCUACCCGGCAUCAGUACAUGGCAGAGAUCUGCCGAGCGCCAAACCACGACAAUACAGGAUAUCGAAGUCAGUAAUACGAUUCCUGUGUUGAAAGAUACCGUGGAGACGUCAGUAUGGAACAGUCGAGGGUGGACGUAUCAAGAACAUAUGUUUUCAAGACGCUGCGUCUUUUUGACGGAUGCUCAGGCAUACUAUGCCUGUAAUCAAGGAGUUCAAAACGAGAGGCCAGAUCGACUUGUGGCAGAGAACUGGUCUAUAAAUCGCUACAAAUCUUCUCGGCGAUCCCAAGAUUUCAUAGAUGCGUACAAGACGAAUGUCGCAGACUACUCUCUGCGAUCAUUGACCUCCCAAGCGGAUAUCCUAAGAGCUUUCCAAGGGGUCCUAAACGACAUGUCCAAAACAUUCUUGCAAAUCUUUCACUAUGGACUACCACUCGACAAUCUCGCCGAUGCGUUGCUCUGGCAACCAGCACACAAAUCCAUCAGAAGAGAUGCACCUGGAGUCGCCAUGCCAUCUUGGUCAUGGGCAAGCAUGAAUGGUGCGAUUAAAUACUCUUUCGUAGAAGUGAGAAUCACGACUACAUCAACGAUACCAAUCCCGGGAUUCUGGAAGGAAGACGAAAUGCCAGAGCUAUUGCAAGCCAUCCUUAGACCCGACAAAGACACACCUUAUCUACUAGGGGGUUCUGGGCCUGAAGAGUCAAGCAGAUUGGCAUUCUCGACACAGUGUUCUGAAAUGUUCUUGAAAAACAGCGUUCCCUUCGAUUACAAGGACAAUCUCUGGACAGACUACACGCAAGACAUCGACCAAACACAAAUAUCCAUCGUCAGUAUCCUCCCAAGAAAAGACACAUGUGCGACACAUCCAGCAGGGUUCAUUGAGCUUGACAAGAUCUGGGCCACUGAAAACCUUUCCGAUCACAAUUCCCAGCAAUCCUGGAGCUUCAUUGCCAUCUCUGUUGCUGCCAUGAAAGCAGACGACAUCAUGAAUCGCUUCUUUACCCAGAGGAGAAACACCACAUACCCAAUGGUAUGGAGUAGGAAUGUGAGAGAAUUGGUUGUUAACGUCAUGCUGGUCGAGUGGGAUGGUGAAGUUGCGAGGAGGCUGGGUGUUGGGAAGAUAUACUUGGAUUUCUGGGAAGAUGCUAAUCCCCAGACGAAACUUGUGACAUUGGAGUGA